CUUGUCACAGUCGUUAAUCUAACUGUUCACCAUUCAGACCUCUCGACGAACAAGCAAGCAAGCUAGGAAACAAGCAAACAAGGAAGCAAACAAACAAAACCCCCCUCAAAAAGCCAGCCAGCCAGCCGCAUUGAUUACCCAUCUUCAGCAAGUCAUCAUCCACAAUAGACGGCGCCGAUAUCACCUGAGCCAGCAAGCGCACACGACGAGACGUGAGAGACUAACCGGCGACAUGUCCAACUCUCAGGUCGGCCAGAUCUACCAGCAGAUCAUAGAGGAUGUACUUGACUCGUCUCGCGUCGAUCUGGAGGAGAAUGGUGUCGAUGAGAGUAUCCUGGAGGAGCUGAAGCAGGGUUGGCAAAAGAAGCUCUCAGCACAAAACCUUGCGGCAUUCCCCUGGGAUCCUAAGCCGGAUCCUCCUGCGCCUGUGCCUGCACCUGCACCUGCACCACCGCCUGUUCCUGCACCACAGCAUGUUGCUGCGCCCGUCCACCAUGAUGUUGGCAUUGCCAAUGGUUCCGCUAUGGCUCAGCAGGCAGUCCACCAUGGUGUUCCGCAAUAUGCUCAACCUGGAAUCAACAAUGGCGUCAAGACCGAGCCAGGUAUCAAGUCUGAGCCUGGCCUAGAGCCUGUGCCAGUCCAAGCAUUCUCUAACCCAGAGGUUCGCGAUCGUGUUAUCAACAACUUGCAGACCCAGUACGGUGCAAGAGCAGAUGCUACUAUCAACAAAUUGCAGGAGUCCAUUGGUUCAGCUCCCAACCGUCCUCAGUAUCCUGGCCCCCCUCGACCUGCAGGCCAGCCAGUAGCGCAACAGCCUCGUCCCAUGCCACAAGGUAUGACCAUGCAGCAGCAAUAUCAGCAGCAACUUGCCGCCGGCAUGCAACAGCGUAUGCCCCAGCCUUCGCAGAAUGGUCAGAGACCGAACCCAUCCCAGUUCGAUGGCGCCGCCGAGGAAGGUGUGCUUGUCCACCAGGAUGCAUCCGGCCAAACGACUGAAUUGGGUCGUGUUGAUAUUGAUCGCAUGCUCCACGCUCAGCUUGAAGCAAGAGCCAAGGCUAUGGAGGGUGGUGGCCUAAUGGUGCCUCUUACUUUGAAGCGUGCAUCAAAGACCGCCGGUGUCUCUUACCAUCGCACCCGGGAUGGCUCUGGCAGCGGCCGCUUCGACGGUGGUGACGAUGAUGACGCCAGAUCCGAAGUAGAUGAAGAUGCAAUCAACUCCGAUCUCGACGACACCGAUGACAAUUUGGACGAUGACGAUGAUGACGACGAUGGUGGCCAGAUUAUGCUUUGCAUGUACGACAAGGUCCAGCGCGUCAAGAACAAGUGGAAGUGUGUUCUCAAGGACGGUGUCCUGAGCGUAAACGGCAAGGACUACGUUUUCCACAAAGCUUCGGGCGAGUACGAAUGGUGAAUCAGAAAACUGUGCCACAAUACCAGCUUUGGGUAACCUUUCGUUGCCGGGUUUCUUUUUAAAAGGCGCAUGGCGUUUGGCGGGACGAUUUGGCAAGGUAUCGAUUUUCCGCACGACUUUGAUGAAACCGA